AUGUCAGCAUUGCUGGAGGAUAUUUUUGAUGUGAAAGAUGUUGACAAAGAUGGGAAGAAGUUCGACAAAGUGUCUCGACUGUUCUGUGAAAGCGAAUCGUUCAAGAUGGGUCUCAUAUUGGAUAUCCAUUCUUUAAUUUAUCGAUUGAUGAAGGGUGACAAAUUUCGCAUGGUCUUGACCAAAAGUUUGCUAAAUGAUUUAUCCGCCGAUGCCGAUGACGACGACGAGGAUGAUGCGGCCGAGGAGACCGAUGAGCGUUUGGCCAAUAGCAAGAUGGCUGAGUUUGAUUAUGUGUGUUACGGAAAAAUCUAUCGGAUUGAGGCGCAUGACAGUGGGGGUGAUGCAAGCCGCCUAUCUUGCUAUGUGUCCUUUGGUGGAUUGCUCAUGCAGCUUACCGGUGAUGCAAGCAAUCUUCAAGGCUUUCGGAUAGGAAAACAUGUAUAUUUGAUGAUCAAAAAGUUGGCUUUUUGA